AGAUCAGAUCAGAUCAGGAAGGAGCGCACCGGCAGAGCAAGACAGAAGACUUUAGGGGAGAGACACGCGUUUUAUGUCAUUUCAAUCUGUUUUUUUCUUUCUCCGAUCACAAAUAGUAAGUGUUUCUUAAAAGAAAGUGAGAAGGAUCCCCGACAAAGAGGGGAGAUGCAUCCCGCGGCGAGAUGGACUUUGCUGCUUCUUCUCGUGGUUUUGGUAUCGGAAGACUGUUUUUCCUCCAAGGCAGAGGACAGGCUGUUUAGGAAGCUGUUCAGAAGGUACAACCAGUUCAUCAGACCGGUGGAGAACGUCUCAGACCCCGUCACCGUGGAGUUUGAAGUCUCCAUCUCGCAGCUGGUCAAAGUUGAUGAGGUGAACCAGAUUAUGGAGACAAAUCUAUGGCUCAGACAUAUUUGGAAUGACUACAAGCUGCGGUGGACACCAGUGGAGUUUGAUGGAAUUGAGUUCAUUAGAGUUCCAUCAAACAAGAUCUGGAGACCUGACAUUGUGCUGUACAACAAUGCUGUAGGUGAUUUUCUGGUGGAGGAUAAGACCAAGGCUCUACUGAAGUUUGACGGCACCAUCACCUGGGUUCCUCCGGCCAUCUUCAAAUCCUCCUGCCCAAUGGACAUCACAUACUUCCCCUUUGAUUACCAGAACUGCUCGAUGAAGUUUGGCUCAUGGACUUAUGACAAGGCCAAAAUUGACCUGGUGCUUAUUGGGUCAAAGGUCAACCUGAAAGACUUUUGGGAGAGCGGUGAGUGGGAGAUCAUUGAUGCCCCGGGAUACAAGCACGACAUCAAGUACAAUUGCUGUGAGGAGAUCUACCCAGACAUCACCUACUCCUUCUACAUUCGCCGGCUGCCCCUCUUCUACACCAUCAACCUCAUCAUCCCCUGCCUCCUCAUCUCUUUCCUCACAGUGCUGGUCUUCUACCUCCCAUCUGACUGCGGAGAGAAGGUCACGCUCUGUAUCUCCGUCCUGCUCUCCCUCACUGUGUUCCUGCUGGUCAUUACUGAGACCAUCCCCUCCACGUCACUGGUCAUCCCGCUCAUCGGAGAGUACCUGCUCUUCACCAUGAUCUUUGUCACGCUCAGCAUCGUCAUCACCGUGUUUGUGCUGAACGUCCACUACCGCACGCCCAUGACCCACACCAUGCCGGGCUGGGUGCGCUCAGUGUUUCUCAAGGUUCUCCCGCGGAUCAUGCUGAUGCGGAGACCGAUGGAUGAGGAAGGCAAGGCUGGGGGGCUGGACAGCAGUGGGGAGGCAGGAGGAGCUGGAGGGGGAGGAGGAGGCGGAGGAGGGAAAGGAGGGAAGAAGAGGAAGAACAGCCUGACACAGCAGGUUGGAGGCGGCUCGCUCAACUGUCUGGAGUUUGGGGACAGCAAGCUCUCCUCCAUGGAGGGCUGUGCGGGGAAGAAAUGCCCCUGCCCCUGCCAGCAUGGGAAGGAGACUCCAGAAACAGCAGAAACAGGGAAGCUGACUCGCCAACUGAGUCCACAGAGCAUCAAUACAGUCGUGGCCUUUUCUGUGGUUUCACCUGAGAUCAAACAGGCAAUUGAGAGUGUCAAGUACAUCGCCGAGAACAUGAGGAGCCGUAACAAGGCCAAAGAGGUGGAAGAUGACUGGAAGUACGUUGCCAUGGUGAUUGAUAGAAUCUUCCUGUGGGUGUUUGUGACCGUGUGCGUCCUUGGAACCUUGGGCCUCUUCCUCCAGCCUCUUAUUGGCUUCGUCUCAUAACCACAAACUAAUCAGGGCUCACUGCCUACCCGUGCCGACUAAAUCCUGUACAAGCCACUAACUCUCAGUUGUCAGUCGACCAAUCAGUGAUGGGAUCUCAAAGAUUUGACUUCUAAAGCAAUGGUGGCCCUGAGAGCUCAGUGCACUGCAACUUAAGAAAACAGAUGCAAAUAGACAAAACACAAGCAAAUUAAGAAAACAUCAUCAAUUUGACAACACAUGUGCUGCAUUUAGAAAACAAGCUGCAUAUUCAGGCAACACAACACAACACAGAAACUCGCAGCAUUUAAAAAACGUGCUUCAGUUAUACCAAACAGCAAUAGAAGUGUUUUCAGAUGAUACUUGAAAAUGAUGAACACACCUGACUACUGUAAACAGUGACCCAAAAUUAGUUCAUAGACCCUGCAAAUGUGUGUUCGGUUGAAGAAGACUAAUGUUAAUAGGCCAACAUAAGGUCAGCUAAAAACACUGGCAUAAGCUAAAGCUAAAAGCAUUGUCAAAUGGAUGAUGUUUUCUUAAUUUGCUUGUGUUUUGUCUGUUUGCUUGUGUUUUCUUAACUUGCAGUGCGUUUAGCUCUUACAGCUAUCGUAAAAGCACUAUUUGUUGCGCACUUUUUGCUUCUUGCCCUUUGCUAACGCACCAAAACUGUUUUUUCUAUAUUCAGUCUGGGCCCCUAAGUUUUGAAUGAGGUGUGUUAGAGUUUGGCUGGAAUCAAAAAUUGGCACAUCCAGUAGUCCUUUAGGACCUGAACCGGAGAGACCUCCAGCACCCAGCAGAUGUGACUGAACUUGGAACAUUCCACCUCCAGUAGAUCUCUCUUCCACACCGAGCACAACCCCGUGACAGCCAGUCAGCUCCCCCCUUGACCUGACUGAUGACUGUCAUACCCACUCCCCAGUCUGAUUCAUCAAGCUGCUCACCAUCACAGCCAAUCACAGUUGCUGCUUGUUGUGUCAUCCCCAAUUAAAAUUCAGAUUUGUGGAGCGCAAGGCAGUGCUUUCAGCAAAUAAGGGCAGAGUGUUCUUGUUUUGUCAUUAGAAUCCAUGUGAUGAAUGUUCUCUUGAUUAAUGUUCCACAAGGUAAUUGGUUGGCCUGGUAAAUAUUGGAUUAAAUGGUACUUGAAUAGUUGCUCCUGAAAUAGAAGUACACUUAUUAAUUCAUGAGAGGAUUCUAUCAUCCAAUUCCAUGGCUAUUAAUUUGUGCAUUUUUUUCUUGUCACUUUUAAUUAAGUUUACUAUUCAAUGCUUACAUGCAAUUCCACACACAUGCAUGACCAAAUUUUGAUCACUUAAACCAGGAAUUUAUUGUCCCUCUCAGAUUACUACAUCAGCUUCUAGAGGAAAACUGCUUCAUUUGUUUUAAUUUUAUUUAUCCCGAUCAUUUUGUUGAACUGCACGCAUCAUGUUGAAGAGAGAUAAAACACAGUUCUGUAAAUGAUUUUUGCCUUUCUUUUUUCUGUCUGCCUUUGAACUUAAAAUAAAUGAAAUAUUUCUUCAAAUAAAGGGGAUAAUAUUUACUGCUUGCAGUUUUAAAAAUGCGAGUAAAAAAAAGACACUUGCUUGUGAUGAACAGUUCAAAUCCCACAGAUGAGUCGUAUCGUCAAGCCUCCAACUGGAAAGCCUGAAAUCCAGACAUUUGCAGCACUAUUUGGUAAUUUUUGGGAUAAGAUAAAAGAAUAUGCGCUCUGUGCAGAGUUGAUUAUGCUACAUGACAUUAAUCAACUAAACCACCAUAUUUAUCUGCCAGAGAGGCAAUCCUCUUAAUGUAGAGGGCCCUUAAAUAUAUUAAUGACGACAGAGCAAAAUGUAUGAAUGUGGUCAUGAGUCAUCAUUAAGGCAUCCGGUAAUUAGCAAUAUGAAAGAUCACUUCAGUAUUCUGGCACUGACAGAGCUAGUUGUGUGCUAGUGGCCAUGAGUCAUCACUAAUUCUCUGAUCUUACUAUAGAUGAUGUGUAACAAAGAGG